GCUUUACCAACCUCGAUCAGCUCGGCAUCCCCACCCGCUUCAUCCGCUCCAGCUUCAGCAUCGGCUCCUUCACCAGCAACCCCAUCUACCUCCGCAGAUGCAGGGACAGGAAAACAAGUUACUAUUAACCCGGGUGAUACGCUUGAAAUCAUUGCUGCCGCGAAUGGAGUGGGCAUCUGCGAUAUCGCCAAGGCGAAUGCAAUUCAGGAUCCAAAUCUGAUACUUGCAGGUGAAAUGUUGACGAUUCCUGUGCUGGUGGGCGAGAAGGAUGAUAGGAGUUGUUUACCAUAA